AUGGAAUUGAAUGGUCUUGACGGGGUCACCACUGCCGUCCAACUCAUCGCGAGGGUGCGCCCCUUACACAUAACCGAAACCCAGUGUCCACAGGAUGCCCUGAGCAUCGAGGAGGGCGGCAUCGUAUGGGCGAAAAAGGGGGUGACGAAAGCAUUGAAUGUCGAUGCGAUACUGCGCGAGACGGCAUCCCAGAGCGACGUGUUUGGCACGGUGCAAGGCCAUGUGGCUCCCUUCGUUCAAGGCUACGACUGCAGCGUCCUUGCCUAUGGACACACCGGAUCGGGAAAGACGUUCACCAUGGGCGGCGAACGCGUGGCACUUGGCAGCGUGAGUGUCGACGACGUGGCCAUCAACGACGGAUCGGGCCUCAUUCCUCGGUUUGUGGAGAAGGUUUUCGAGGCCUGCGACGCCGAGCUCGAGAACGCCCCACACGAUACGUUUCAACUGUCGUGCACAUAUAUGGAAAUUUGCAACGAAAAGAUCUACGACCUAUUGGCCGUCCAGCCACUAGCCCCAUCCCCGCCCCGCUCGCUUCCAUCGUCAUCAAAUUCGCCACCGAAAGGUGCAUCAUCUCCGCUCAAAACAACCCUCCAAGAUACCCCUCGAAGCUCGUGGAACAGCAAUCGAACAGCGAAAGAAUCGCUGGGGCUGUCUCUCCGACAGCACCCCCUUGGAGAUGUGUAUGUCCUCGGGCUCACGCGAUGCGACAUCGUCUCGAGCCAAGACGCGGUGGCACUAUUUCACCAAGCGUGUGUGAAUCGCGCCGCCGCAACCAGUGCCAAUGAAGCUCCAGAUGGUCACACUAUUUUUGAACUGUCCCUGAAUCGGCAAUCCCCCCAGGGGACGCGCGUGAGUCGACUGGCGUUGGUGGACUUGGCGGGGUUUACAAAGCCAGUCCAAGGAAUCGAUCCCCCCGUCAACAACAAGAGCCUCGCGACCCUCACGACGUGCAUGACCAUGCUGGCCAAGUCGCAGCGACGAAUACUCCAUGGCAAUAGCAGCACCAUCAUCCCCUUUCGAGAAUCGGUCUUGACGCGGCUUCUUCAGCCGUUCGUCCAAGGGGCUAGCCGCGUGACGUUUGUGCUCACGCUGAGCCAGUCCGCCACGUCACUCAACGACACCUGCACCACGCUGCGAUUUGCCGAGAGAUUGCGCUCAAUCUCGUGCAAGCCGACGCGGAAUCCCAUCGUCCCAGUCGCCCCCACUGCCUCGCUGGAGGCCACCCACGCCAUGCAGCUGGAAAUGAACCGCCUGCGACAGGCACUGGUGCAAAUAACGUGUAAACACGAGGCCGCCGUCGUGCACGAUAAGGCACUAAUGGCUGAAAAUGACCGACUUCGGAUCGACUUGCACGCGUCGCAGAGUCUCCUGGAUAGGACCAACCAAUCACCGACCCGAGCUGCUGCCCACCACCGCCAACUAGACACGAUACCUGACCACAACGCGCCCGACACGUUGGCCACCGACGCCGCAAUUAGUGUACACAACCCAACGGUACUUGGCGAACCUAGCCAUGCUAACAUGCUACCAAAAACGUCCACAACGCCCGUUUGUCCCCCUUCGUUGCCCUACGACCCCCCGCUUCGAAACGGAACCACGAUCGACACAAAUACCCGUCUGCCACUGUUGAUGCCAUCCGCCAAGGAUUCGAGUAUCCGCGCCCCAGAAACGAGUUUGCCGCUGAGUUUGCAAAAGAAACUCGUGCAUGUCCCAUUACCCAUGCGAUUCCAAGCCCCACCCCGUCGACCAGCGCGGAAUCUGGUUCCGUCACCCCCCAAGUUGCCCCCUGACACCCCCUCCUCUCUCAAGCCCAAUGCUUCUUUGAACAACCACAACGAUUUGUUUGCAUCCGCGUUACCAUUGCUCGACACCAAACUACAGUCCACUCGACCCAUAGAGAAACCUUCCCGAAGGCACACCCGUCGUCGUCGCCACACCCGCCACGAUGACGAAGGUAGCUCUGUGGCCAUGUUGAUGUCGACGCCUCGCGCUAUGGCCCUUCCCAAGCUACACCCCCCACAUCCGCCUAUUCUUACAUCGUCGCCCCAGCCACCAAAGCCUGUUAACCAACUGGCGGCCCCCAAAGAAGACUCUGCCGACAUUGCACGAUACAAGGUUCAACGACGAAUGGAAUUAGAAGCAAUGUUGGGCGGGGACUUUUUAGGUUCUCGGGACGCGUACAUCUUUUUUUAA